UUUCCAGGACAGUCACUCACUUGACAUUUCAAGAGUGGAGCUCAGCGAGGGUGCUUGCGUGCGGUUUAUUAAUUCAUCAGGAGCUCUGACGCUGCCAUUUAGACACACCACACAGCACUUGCUGGAGUCAGACAUCAAGCUCUUCCAAAAAUACUUCUGGGACAGGCCUCUUCUUUACCAGAACAAUAAUUCAAAUCAAGUUGAGACAGUGGAAGGUCCAUAAAUAUCCUGCAAUAUAACAAGCUUUGUAGAAGGUCCUGUGUGCUUGGCGUCUGACGAAUUGUCCUGGGAUGAUGGGAAGCCUUUCCAAGAUUCUGUGGUUCCUUCUAAAGAAAAUGAAGAUUGUGUCCUGUUGGACAUAGAGCAGAGACAUUCUACCCUUGACAUUCUCAGGAAACUCAAGGCUCCACCUACCUUAUUUUCUGCCACCAGACCUUCUGCCAUGCUGAGUGGAAGUGAUGAAGUAUAUGCCAACUGCAUGCUAGUAGACCAGGCUGGAGAAUUGAAGACUAACCAUGCUCAUGGUGAUGAUGUCAGCAGUGAAACAUGUCUGAGUCUUACCAACUCAGCUACAAUGGCUAAGAGCUCUUCAUCUCCCUCCCUUGAGGAGAAUGACCAGUAUCUAUAUAUACCAAAUGAAGGAAAUCAAAGGACAGUGGAAAAUGGAGAAAAUGCCACGUUAAGACAUACUUUUUUGCCUGCUGAUCCAUAUGGAUCAGAUUCAUACCUUCCAUUCAAGACACAUGGAUUUAUUAAGAAUCGGGGCCAACUUUAUGCUGACAUGAAAAGAAAAAGUUCAAGCCUUGAUGACCUUGAAGUUGAUGGUGGAAGUGGAGGUGUUUUAGAUAGAUCCCAAGUUCACUACCCCCCCCUUGGGUCUUCAGAAGCUAUGGCUUGUAGCAGAGAUGGAUUACACUCAUCUACCAGUCUGCAGCCCAAGGAAUGCACAGUGUCUGGGAUUCGGUCACGCUCCUAUUCCUGCUCGUCUCCCAAAGGUUCAUUAGGAAGACCUCGUAUUCCUCGGGACUUCACUGAUGGGGAUUUGAAUGAAGAUGGUGUGCUCACGAUCAGUGGUCGAUCCCUCCUUCAGGCUCUUUCACUCUCUAAGUCAGUGUCUCUGCUCCACCCUUGUAAGCGAGCCUACAGCCUGCCCAAGCAGUCCCAAGAGAAGAGGAUUCCAGAGGAAUGGAAUAAAUUCCUUGUACCUUCAAAAAAUGAGUCUGAAAAAUGUAAAGUGAGUCGGACUUUCAGCUUUCUGAUGAAUAGAAUGACCAGCACACGGAAUAAGCACAAGGCAAAAAAUAAAGAUACCAAAGAUAAACUGAACCGGCACAAUUUUACAAAUGGGACCUUCUUGGGAGUUAUCCCGUGUAUGGCCUGUGAAAAAGCCCUCCUCGGAAAAGAAUCACUGCAGUGCUCUUAUUGCAAUGUGAUUGUGCAUAAGAGCUGCAAGGAGUGUGCACCUGUGUGCACCAAGAAAUACCAGGAGAAGUACCACAGUAAAAACAAACACCAAGUUGGUGCGACAAAUUCCCUUCCUGGAGACAUUUCACGGAAGAUGCCCUCCAUAGUGCAUCCUUCUUCCUCUGUGCCUAUUGGGCUCUCUGCUGGAAGAAGGGAAGCUUCGCAACAGUCCUACUUCUUGUCCAAAAGUGUCCCCGGUGCCAGUCUUGGAAGAUCAAGAGCAUUUUCUGAACAAUACUCUGAGACUACCACCUGGAAGCACAAGUCACGGUCUGAAGAGACGUUACAAGCAUUAGGGACCUUUUCUUCAAUGGAUACUUUUAUGAUGGAAGAUUACGUGGAUUUUUCUCAGUGGACUCAUCUCCAUACAGAUGCACAAGAGUUUGAGGCAGAGUCCUGGAGUCUGGCUGUGGAUCCAGUGUUCUGUAGCAGGCAAGAAAAGGAUGUCAUCAAGAGACAGGAUGUAAUUUUUGAGCUGAUGCAAACAGAAGUGCAUCACAUCCAUACGCUGUUCAUUAUGUCUGAAGUAUUCAGGAAAGGGAUGAAGGAAGAACUGCAGCUGGACCACAGCACAGUGGACAGAAUAUUCCCCUGCUUAGAUGAGCUACUGGAGAUCCACAGGCAAUUUUUUUACAGGAUGAAGGAGAGACGGCAGGAGUCAUAUGAGGCAGGGAGUGAGUGCAAUUAUAUCAUCAGCAGAAUUGGAGACAUCCUUUUGCAGCAGUUUUCAGAGGAAAAUGCAACUAAAAUGAAGAAAAUAUAUGGAGAGUUUUGCAGCCACCAAAAAGAAGCCGUUAAUCUCUUCAAAGAACUACAGCAAAGCAAGAAGUUCCAGAAUUUUAUUAAACUAAGAAAUAGUAACCUACUGGCACGGCGCCGAGAAAUCCCUGAGUGCAUUUUGCUUGUCACCCAGCGAAUCACCAAAUACCCUGUUCUGGUUGAAAGGAUAUUGCAAUACUCAAAAGAAGGAACAGAAGAACAUAAAAACCUGUGCAAAGCCCUCUCUCUAGUUAAGGACAUGGUUGCAGCAGUAGAUUUGAAAGUGAAUGAAUAUCAGAAAAAGCAAAAGCUGUUGGAAAUUCUCAGUAGAACUGAAAACAAAACAUAUACAAAGCUGAAAAAUGGCCAUGUGUUUAGGAAGCAGGACUUGAUGAGGAAAGAGAGGAUCCUUCUUCAUAAGGGUUUAGUGUACUGGAAGACAGCGACGGGUCGUUUCAAAGACACCUUAGCUCUUCUUCUAACUGAUGUACUACUGUUCUUACAAGAAAAAGAUCAAAAAUACAUCUUUGCAGCUGUGGACCAGAAGCCUUCCAUUAUCUCCCUUCAGCGGCUCAUAGUAAGAGAAGUAGCCAAUGAAGAAAGGGGGAUGUUUCUGAUUAGUGCUUCGUCUGCAGGGCCUGAGAUGUAUGAGGUUCAUACCAACUCCAGAGAGGAACGUAACAAUUGGAUGAGGCAUAUUCAAGAUGCAGUAGAAAGCUGUCCAGAGGAAGAAGAAGAAGAAGGGAAAAUUUGUGAAUCUGAUGAUGAUAGACGUAUCGCUGAGGCCAAAGCAUCCAGAAUUCAGAAAUGUCAAGAAUCACUGAGUAACAAGGACCAGCAGAUCUGUAGUUAUUUGGAAGAGAAGUUGCAUAUCUAUGCAAAACUGGGAGAUAUGAGCGGGUUUGAGGAUGUUCAUGUAGAGCCUCACCUCCUUAUCAAACCUGAUUCAGGAGAAACUCCACAGGCUGCUUCAUUGCUGGCAGCAGCACUCAGGGAAGUUGAAAGUCUCCGUGUUGCUGUAGCAACAUCACAAGUGAGUGAAACGGACAGAGCACCAGAGGAAAGUAUUGAGGAAUUAAGUAUGAAGCAUGGAUUUAGUGCCAAUGAAAUCUUGGCCUGUCUUCUUGGUGAUGCAGAAAUAAAAGAAGAAUCAUCUGAAGCCGAUCACAGUGUUCAAAAGGAAAUGGCAGGUGCCAAUCUGAAGGAUAAGGGAGGAAGUGUGAGUUUCCCAGGAUCUACAGGGACAGAGAUCGUACAGGCAAUCCAGAACUUAACCCGGCUUUUAUACAGCAUACAGGCGGCACUAACUAUCCAGGACAGCCACAGAGAACUCCAUAGGCUGCUCCUGCAAGAGAAUGAGAAGACCAGUCGGGGCCAUGGUUCUCGCCUAAAUGUCCUUCUGGAACAAGAAAAAUACCGGAAUUUGGAAAAACUAAGAGUGGAGCUAGCCAACAUACACAAACUGAGGCAGCAGUUUCAGCAAGAGCAGCAGCAGUGGCUGAGUGAGUGCGACCAACGGCAGCGGGAGCAGGAGGCCAGGGAGGUCCGUCUGAGGCAGUGGGAGAAGGAAUGUGAGUGCCAGGAGGAGCUGCUGGAGAGGAGCCGGCAGAGACACUCGCUGCAGCUGCAGGAGUACCAGCAGAGCCUGGAGAGGCUCCAGGAGGGCCAGAAAAUGGUGGCAAAAGAAAGAAAUGGUGUGAAAAUGCAGAAGAAGCUCCUCUGGCGCUGGAAGCACGGUCAGGGAAGUAGCCUGUUGUCAUCCAGAGGGACCUGUGAGAAAAUGUGACAUUAUCAGUUGGACAGCUUAUGUGAUGAAAAUACAUUAUAUUUAAAUGAAGCUGUAGUGUGUAUAUCUCUAAGCAAUCUCAACAGAUCAGGUUCUUCUCUUGUUUACUAGGUAGGUGUGUAUGGGCUGAACAUUUCAAAUUCUGAUGCAGCAAGGACUAAUGGAAAUCAGGUGGACCUCAAAACGGAUACUUCUUCUCAGACAGAAUUAACCAAUGCACUGUGGAAAUCCACUGGUCCUUACCAGCAGAUGUCUUUUUCCUGCAAAAGCAACAAGGAUGCCCUUAAUAAUGAUCUGAAUGUAUCACAGAUCCAGAGUCCCCAAACAAGCAUUCCAAACCAGGGAUCCCUCCAGCUGCCACACGUAGAUGCGCUGCCGCUGAGCCACCAACCUGAAAGCCUGCAGGACACAGAAGGUGGAGGCAAAGUAGAGGAGAAGAUUGUUUACCUCUGA